AAGAAGAAGUGUUUUCCGGGCCUUUUCUCUCUGUGUGUGUGUGUGUGUGUCUCUGCGCGCUCUCUGUUUGUUUUUUAUUUAAUUAUUUAUGUCCUUAUUAACUGCGGUGUUGCUAAUCAAAACAUUGAUGGUCGAGCUUUCCCGGCGGUGUGUGCGAUUGUGUGAAAUCUGACGUUAAAACCAAACCGUGAGCAGCGCUAUGGCUCGUCCUCGGCCCCGGGAGUACAAGGCAGGAGAUCUGGUCUUCGCCAAAAUGAAGGGCUACCCGCACUGGCCAGCGAGGAUUGAUGAGCUGCCAGAAGGAGCAGUGAAGCCACCAGCCAAUAAAUACCCCAUAUUCUUCUUCGGCACCCACGAGACUGCGUUCCUCGGCCCUAAAGACCUGCUGCCAUAUAAGGAGUACAAAGACAAGUUUGGAAAAUCAAACAAGAGAAAAGGCUUCAAUGAGGGUCUGUGGGAGAUUGAAAACAACCCCGGCGUCAAAUUUACCGGCUACCAGAGCAUGCAGCAGGGCUGGUCGGAGGGCGAGGGGGGCGGCGCUGACCCGGCAGACGGCAGCAGCGGGGCGGAGGAGGGCGACUCCAUCGGAGAGGAAGAGGAGGGGAAGAUGAAGGGGGAGAAGGUUGGAUCCAAACGGAAAAAGACCGCAUCCUCAAAGAAGUCGUCCAAGCUGUCCAGGAAGUGCUCGGGUGACGAGGACGAGGAAAAGGACGGGAAAGACGAGGAGGAGAAGAGAGACGAGGACAACGACAUGCAGAACUCCGCAGACAAGAAAACAUGCUGUCAAGGGCAGAACCAGUUGCUCCGAGAGGAACAUUAGAUCCUGAAGGAUGCCGGAUCAUUUUGUGGUUGUUUAUGUGAUAUUGGAAAUGUAUAACGUUGACAUAAUCAAGAUCAAAAUCACAAGAGAAAGCAUUGUUGUAAAUUCACAAAUCAGAGAAACUACUGCAACCACUGAGAGUUCAUCUACCGCUCACCACUGGAGCAAAGAUAAACUUAAACAAAUAGAUUUAAAGGAGCAAUAAGUAGAAAACAACAACAAAAAAAAAAUAUUAAUAAUACGUGGGUUUUUAAGGUGGUCUGGUUAAAGCUGGUUUUCUCAUUCCAGAGUUCAGAAAGGCCAAAAGUGAGUCCAGUGUGAUUUGGCCGAGAUGCUACUUACUGCUUCUUUAACGCAUAGUGUUAUUUACACACUCUAACUAACGAUUAAAUGUAAUAUAGUCAUCAAAUUUAGCAUCAUUUUUUAGCUGUAGCUGCAUAGCUGGACCGCCAGUGUUUGUGUAAAACAAGCUCAGAAUCUCUCACUGCCCCAACGCCCUGACCUUUAACCCUGACCUCUACUCUGUCCAUUUACCUUAAGCUUUAACCCUGUUCAUUGACCUUGAUCUCUUAAGCCUGACUUUUACCCUGAUUCUUAACCCUGUCCUUUAAUCCUGUGUGUUAACCUUGACCUUUAAUCCUGUCCAUUUACCCUGACCUUUACACUGACCGUUAACCCUGACCAUUAACCCAAACCUCGAAUCAUGUCCAUUAACCGUGCUGGUUAACCCUAAUCUCUAACCCUGUCCAUUAACCCUGACCUGUAACCCUGUCCAUUUACCAUAACCCUUAACCCUGACCUUUAACCCUCUCUAUUUACCUUGACCAUUCACCACUACUUUUGACCUUGACCUUUCCCCUGACCUUCACCCUGACCUUUGACCCCGCCUCCACUGUGCUGCUCAGCGCUGUCUGUCGUAGCUCGAGGUUUCUUUCUUUCGGUGAAGCUGUCAGACCUUCCAGAACGUUCGUCUAUAGAACAUCAUCAGCGUGUUCCCCUUUUCUGUGAUGGAAAAAAGAACGGACAAAGUAGAAACGUCUGCCGUGCGGAGAGUGUAAGUGCGUGAAGUCGUCUUGUUUCGCUGUAGGUCUGGAGCUCUCGCCCAGAUUAAUGUUCAUUUUCUAAGAGAAGUGAAUAAUCCCGGUUUCUGUGUCAGUGGGUUUGGAUGUUUUAGGCUUUUUAGUGGCAUGCGCAUCUGUCGUAUUCUCCAUGUGAAAUAGAGAUCAUUCCACAUUUCCUCUCAGUUACGCUCUUAUUUCUCAUUUUUUUAGACCCGUAAUCCUCCCAAAGUUCACCAACUCUCCUGCUCAUUACGUUUAGCUCUUCAUAACUAUUACUGCGAUUACCAACAAACCUUACCCAACACGCUCGUGAAGGAGCUGCAUUUUUCUUUCUUAUCUGUGUUUAUAUAAAGAAUAUAUUCUAUUUAUUUUUGAUGAUAGUAGAUGACCCAUCUGUGGUAAGUGUAAAAACUCAUCACGUAGCUUCUGUUCCUUCUUGACUCUUUGUUAUGCUUGUAAUCGGGACAUGUUACAGAUCUAUCUUACAUUUUCAACGUUUGUAGUUCAAUGUAAACUGUUUUUCCUGUUUAUUCACAAGACUUUUACAGAAUAAACUCGUUGGAAUGCUG